CAGCUUGUCACAUGGUACAAGGCUGUUGUGAAUAGCCCUGUACCAUGUGACCUCUGUGAUCAUUCACAGAUUUCACUAGCAGUAAGCAAUGAUGUCAGAAGUGGCAUCUUGUUUACUACUGUUCAUGUGACCACUGAUUGGCCAAUCAGUGAUCACAUGCAAUCACAGCAGGUCACAUGACAGUUGUAUACAAUGGAUGGCUUCAUUCAUGAUGCCAUCCAUUGUAUACUAGUGCCUAGCUGUGAAUGGUCACAGCUAAUCACAUGCACAUGUCAUGUGAUUAGCUGUGACCAAAUCACAGCUAA